AUACGAGAUACACGACAGUUGUAGAAUCAUCGGAGAUGGAGCGUGGAACAAGCAGUGAGCCACAUGGUGGUGACAGUGUUGAGAAACAUAAAUAACGGCACGGGCUGGUGGUGCCUUGCCACGGAAGCAGCCUGGAGCAAAUGUGUGCGUGAGCGAGGCUUCGUUUCCUGGCGCCAUGUGUACAUGUCUGCCAGGCACGCUUCUUCUGUGAAACUUCCCCUGCCUCUUGCCUCUCCUCCGAUCCUUCUGCCUCCUCUGUCCUGUCGUCACCAUCCUCCCACCGCGAACACGUAUAUAUAGGUGGGCGAACGCCCGUUUCUUCUGUAACUCCCCCACAUCUUCCCUCGAUCGCUUACACCUCUCUCCCCUCUUCCCCUCGAUCGCUUACACAUCUCCCUCUCUCGAUCAUCCUCGAUCGCUUGCUUACCACCUCUCCUAUUUCUAUCUCUAAGCUUCCGCUUCGGACAUGGCUGCCUGCGUCGACAAGUGGAACCCGACAUACUCCAGCUGCAGACUCUCCGAUGCUAUCCGCUACCGGUUCAUGCCGGACUGCGCCAUGGCCGACUGCCCCGUGUCCGCCGCUGACGCUGACGUGAACGUCGUCUGCCGCGACGACGUCUGGGACGAGCUGCGCUCCGAGGCGCGCGCCGACGCGGACGCCGAGCCGCUGCUGGGCAUGUUCUACGCCGACCUCGUCCUCUCGCGCCCGUCCCUGGAGUCCGCCCUCGCCGCGCACCUGGCCGCCAAGCUCUGCAUCCCGGGCGCGCUGCCGCAGGACGCGCUCCGGGACCUCCUGGCGGGCGCCCUGGCCGCGCACCCGGAGGCGAUCCGCGACACGCGCGCCGACCUCCUGGCGGCGCGCGACCGCGACCCGGCAUGCGGCAAGAUGGUCCACUGCUUCCUCUACUACAAGGGCUUCCUCGCCCUGCAGGCGCACCGCGCCGCGCACGCGCUCUGGUCCGAGGGCCGCGCGGCGCCGGCGCUGCUCCUCCAGAGCCGCGCCUCCGAGGUGUUCGGCGUCGACAUCCACCCCGGGGCGCGCAUCGGGGGCGGCAUCCUGCUCGACCACGCCACGGGAGUCGUCAUCGGGGAGACGGCCGUCGUCGGCCACGACGUGUCCAUCCUGCACGCCGUGACGCUGGGCGGCACGGGCAAGGCCUCUGGCGACCGGCACCCCAAGGUUGGGGACGGGGUGCUCAUCGGCGCCGGGGCCAGCGUGCUCGGCAAUGUGCGCAUUGGUGAUGGCGCCAAGAUCGGCGCGGGCGCGGUGGUGCUCCGAGACGUGCCGUGCGGGACCACGGCCGUCGGGAAUCCGGCGAAGGCAAUCGGCAAGAAGGCGGCGCCCCCGCGGCGGCCGGAAGAGCAGCCCGGGGUGACCAUGGAGCAGAGGUGGUCAGAUUACGUGAUUUAAAAGGUCUUGUUAGUACGGGUUUAGUGCAAGCAAGAGAGUUUCCCUCCAAAUGGUUGAUGACUACUCUUAUCCAAGAGCUCAGUUAGGCAUUGAGCCUGGAGUAAAUCCCAUACUGUUUAUUUAUUUUUCUCUCUCUUUUUGUAAUGGAAUAACGAGAAAUGCAGCUGAUCAAUUAUUAGCUCCGUAGAUAUUGCACUGCUU